AAACCCUCUCAUGGUACCACAAAUUGAAUCACACCUCCGCUCUAUCAAAAACUUAACCUCUAUAACGGUAGAACAACAAUUAAAUCCAAUUGGUAGUUGGGAUGAUGAUUUUAAUGAUUUUAGUUGGGGUAAAAAAAGUAUUGAUAUGGUUAGUAAAUUUGAAGAAGAGGUUAAUCUAUUUCAGACUUAUUGGAAUAGUUCUAGGAUUUAUGGGAAGAAGGUUCGGUAA